AUGCCGCCUUUCUGGGUGCUGAUUGCGAUGUGCCUGUUGUCUUCUGUGACUGGAAAGGACAUUGGCAGCUUGUGGGAUAAGGGAGAAAUAGAACCUGCCCUGGUUGACUCCAGACAAGACAGAACGCUUUGUGGUCGUCGACCUGCCAUUACUAAAGGACGUAUUUUUGGCUAUGAUACGUUUGAUGGUGACAAAAAUAAUUAUAAUCUCAACAAGAUAUUAGGUGGCACUUUCGCCACGCAUGGAGAAGUUCCCUGGCAAGUAAAUAUACACGUCGACAACAAGUUCAGAUGCGGAGGGGUGAUUGUAAAUGCAUACUGGGUUCUUACGUCGGCUGAGUGUGUUUACCCGGACACCUCAAGUUGGAGGAUAUCGGUGACUGCCGGCGACCACAUCUUGUAUCAACCUGACGCUGGUCAGCAAGAUCUUCGCGUGCAACAGGUCAAAGUUCAUGAAUCCUACAACCGCCUGAAUAAGGAUUAUAACAUUGCGUUGUUGAACGUUGCAAGAGAAAGAGACGGCCUAGGUAUUCAGUUCAACGAUUAUGUUCAACCCGUGUGUCUACCGGUGCAAGGAGAGGAACCCGCAGACGGAACCGAGCUGACGAUUUCAGGCUGGGGUCACACUGCUUACAACACUCGUCAGAUGUCAGAUGUAUUGAAAAAAUCUGUACUAACCGUCUACAACCAUCGCGAAUGUGAAGAUAGAAUGUACAGCUACACCGGUCUGACAAAUCGGAUGAUCUGUGCAGGGAGAACAGGUGGGGAUGUUGCGUGUGCAGGUGACGGUGGAGGACCCGCCACAUUCCAGGUUAAAGGUGUCUAUGUCCUGGCUGGUAUCUUGUCUCACGGGAAAGGCUGUAGGCAGCCCACUUCCCCACUGGUUGUUACAGAUGUGUUGGCGCUUCGCGACUGGAUUGAUUCCACCAUGAAAACCAGCGGCAGUCAGAGGGAGGCGAUCUUGCCCUCAAGGUCUUGA